AUGUCGCUUCCAGCACGCACCCCGGCACCCCCAACACCCCCUCCACCCCCACCACCGGCGGCGGCAGCUCCUGCUGCUGCUGCUGCUGCUGACGAGCUCGCAACGCUCCAACAGAGAAAAGCGGCGCAGGACCUCGCUAUCGAGCGAGCUCUCAGCAUCGCACGCGUGAGGCUUGAUCUGGAGAUGGGAGAGGCUCAGCUGAGAGCUCUACGCAACCAGGAGGGAGAAAGAGAGAGAGAGCGCGGAAGACGUGCCACCCAGCAGGAGGAGGAGCAGGAGGUGGCAGCUGAAGCUGAAGAUCAACAAGCGGGAUAUGGACAUAUCCCUGUGAGGUAUUUGCCUGUGGCUGCUGAAGCUCAAGGAGACGAAGUGGCUGAAGCAGAAACGGGAGCUGAAGCAGAAGCAGAAGAUGAUCUGUAUGAUGCUGAUGAUGAAGAAGCAGAAGCAGAAGCAGAAGCAGAAGAACAACAACAACAGGAAGAAGAGGUAGCCGGAGUCCUCUUGCGCCAAGAAGCGAGAGCUACUGCUACGGCUGCUGCUAUCCUCGAGAUAUCCUUGGACUAUACUCGCAUCGGAUAUAGACAUGUUCCCAUGGCUGCUGAAGCUGACAUUGAAGCAGCAGAAGAAGAACACAGCUUCCCCUCCGACGAGGCAUCCUCCGAUCGCUUCGAGGACGCUCUCGAAGAACAAGAACAAGAACAAGAAGAAGAAGGAUACGACGUCGAAGCUGCGUUCCGUGCCUCCCAGAUCGGAGGAGAAGCUGCCCUCCUCCGCGACGAGGCAGUCGAGCGCCUCGAGGCCGCCGCCCUCGAAGCCGCCGCCCUCGAAGCCGAGGAGCGAGCCCAGAACGCGCAGCUCGAAGACCAGAUCCGGGAGGUCCAGGACUGGUUGACGAUCGAGGACGCCCUCGAAGCCGAGGAGCGAGUCCAGGACGCGCAGGACAUCCUGGACUGGUUGAGGAUGCAGGAGGAGCGGUACGCGGCGGCGGCGGCUGCUGUCGAAGCCGAGAUGGCCGCGAUGAUUGAGGAUCUGCGCGUGCACGACCACCGCCGAGGCGAGUGA